AUGGCUAUGCUGUUGUGGUCGGUAGCUCUCUUGGAGGCUUUCUUGUGGGGGAUAUUUCAGUUCUAUGUGUAUGUCGAAACAGACAACGUCACUCUGGGAUUUCAGGGUGCUGUCGGAGUGAUUGCUACGGUUCUGGCAUUCCUCCUUCCAGCUUUUCUCCUUGCCGUACCAGCGCAAUUCUACUUUGGCAUAUUACACAUGAGAGAAGUGCUGAAGCUCAAGUCACAGAUGGCGUCUUUCAGCAUAAGGGAAGCUGAUUGCUCCUGCUGCGCUAUGAACCACGUGCACCCGGUGACAGGUGAGGCCAUACUUUGUGAUCGAACACUGGUAUUCCAAACGCUUCGAAGAUGGUACACCCGAACAGGCGAUCCAGACACACACUUGGAUCGUUUCGAUGCCCUGGUGCGGGAACAGCUGAGCGCAUCUGUUCUUCGGACCUUGGGUUCGGGGGCUCCACCUCUGCGCUAUGUGCUCGCAAUGUUGUGUGCAGCGCCAUUGGCCCAGCUGCCUCAGUAUGUCUCUCUGGGACUCAGAGAGUCCAGAGGUAGGGGGAUGGGGAAAUGGCUGCUGGACUGGUGUAAAUUUCCGGCACUGGCACUGGUAAUGUUUGGGGUAGCCUUCUGUGCUUGGAGGAAGGGCGCUGUUUGGUCUCGGGCUCCGCUGUGUGCUACCGUACCCGCCCUCCAGUGCCUAGUUGUCUGCUCUGUAGCUGCUUGCUGGAUACCCUAUGAGGCAGUAAAACUGUCAACUGGGGACGAUCAUUUUUUUGAGGCCAUUCCCUUGGCUUGUAUGUGGAUUGUCUUGGUUUUAAUGUACACUCGGCUUUACCCUUCGUACAUAUUUGGGAAGAGUGGCAGCUCCUCCUGA